UAAUCUCUCUCUGCCCCCAUUCUGUGUAUUUAUACUCGUCUGAUCAGUCUCUUUCUCAUAUGUCUCUUGCCUUUUACUGCCGUAACCUAACCAUGACAAAGUUGACAACACAAGAAACCAAUCGAAUUCUUUCGGCUGCCCUAAUAUCUCAUCUCCUUUGACAUCUCAAGAGAAAGAGGAACGAACAAGAGAGAGAGAAAGCACUGGCUCUGUAGCUAGCUAGCUACAGCGAUAGCAACUCACAAAAAAAGCGGCACCACACACCCACACACACCAGAAAACACAAGCACAAGCAAAUAAGCAGCACCGCCAGCCCGGCCACCAAGAACUCCAAGAAUAACCUUCACUGCCGUCUUCGUUCGAUCCCUUACGCUAACACUAGCUGCUUCAGGCUGCAGCCACCAGCCAAAGGUAGGGCGCGCGCGCGGCAUCCAUGGAGGCGCGGGCAGCGUCGGUCCCGGACCUUUCGCUGCACAUCAGCCUUCCGAGCAGCGCCGCGUCUCCGUCUCCCGCCCCGGGGCUGGGCGCUGGAGGAGUAGGGCGUGGUGCGCAGCCGUCCGGAGGGGACCCGUGGCGCCGUCUGAACGGAUCCACGGCGUCGACCGAGCUGUCGCUCUCGCCGCCGCCGCCGCGGCAGGAGGCGGCUGCCGGGGACGUCCUUCCAUGGCGGCUCCGGCCGCCAGCGGCGAAUUACUCCUCGUCCACCGCGGAGGCAACGUUCUUGCCGGUGACCGUGCCGCGGCUUUCGUUCGACGCCGCGGCGGAGGCGGCGCCGGCAAGGCCAAUCAACGGAGUGCCCGUCUACAGCAGCCCGCGGACCGGCGCCGCCCAUCCUUUUCUUGGCGCCGGCGGCGAAUACCGGCAGUGCCACCACCACAAGGCCGCCGUGGGGCUAUACAAUCCCUACCACUCCUCGUCGUCGUGGCCCUCGUCCCUGCGGUCGACGACGACGGCGCCCCUUGGCGCCGUGGCGCCGCCGGCGUCCGACCCCACGGCGUCGUCGUACCUCUCGCCGUCCGCGUACCACCGGAUGCUGUCGAGCACCGGCCGGCUCCACCUCCAGGGCGUGCUCGCCGACACGCUCCGCGGCUACGGCAGCGGGCACCACCACCGCCAGCACUUGGGCAGCCUGGCCGCGGCCCGCUACAUGCCGAGGCUCCCGGCUUCCCGGCGCGGCAUGCGCGCGCCGCGGAUGCGGUGGACGAGCAGCCUGCACGCGCGUUUCGUCCACGCCGUCGAGCUCCUCGGCGGCCACGAGCGGGCGACGCCCAAGUCGGUGCUGGAGCUGAUGGACGUGAAGGAUCUGACGCUAGCGCAUGUGAAGAGUCAUUUGCAGAUGUAUAGGACCGUGAAGAGCACUGAUAAGCCGCCUGCAGCAACCUCAUCAGUAGGAGGGGGAGGGCCGCCUGUGGACGGUGGUGGCGGGUCCGGCGACGACGACCACCCGAGCGAUUGGCGGCGGGCUCCAUCCUCAUCAGCUGGUCGGGACGUCAGCCCGCAGGCGUUCACUGGACACCGGUCAGCCUCCUCGGACGGCGCGGCAAGCCAUGCGGGCGGCGACGUUGAAUGCUCCUCCGCCGACGAUUCCGACGGUGGCAGGCCGCGCAGUGCUUCUCCGCCAAGGCUGCCGCCACCAAGUGCGUGCAAUGCAGCAGACACCCUUCAUUCAGUUGGCGUACCAUAUUCCACUACUGAGGAUAUGGAGCCUGCUUGUCGAUCAGCUGGCUUACAACAUUCACUCAACCAUGAAAUGAGCUGCCCUCCUAGCCUGGAGUUCACGCUAGGGCGGCCAAACUGGAAUGGUGCAGAAUAGCAUCACCAGCAGCUAGCUACUAGACACAUGCAUGGAUAUAUGGCACAUUAUUAGUUCGACACUUCAUCUAGACUGCUUACAACACCUGAUUGGUUUUUGCAUCUAUUAGAAAUUUAGAUAGUUCCAUGUUUAAUCCAAAAAUAUCAUAUAUAUAGUAGAUUUAUGACAACAUGUACGUGCACGUGUGAAAUAUUACUACUCACAACAAUAACAGACACCUACAUGAAAAAUAUACUGCAGGAACUAUAUUUAACUUAACAAAUUUAGAGAAAAAAAUUCUGCAU